UGUUGAUGAGGCUGCACAGGUAGAGGCGAGGUCUGACAUGUAUAUAUACCUGUCCAAAUACUGCACACCUGCACCACAGUGACACCCAGACAGUCCUAAGACCGGCCUCGACUUGGGGAAACAAUCACGCUAACAAAAUGACCUCCUUGGACGGCGACAUUAACCAACACUUUCAGGAUGCAAUCGAUGUGAUUCAACAGCAUUCAAAUAAUUCAUACUACGACUCAGAGUACACAUAUUAUGAGACUUUGGGUUCCCAGCAGACAUCGCUGCAGUGUCAGAUCUCCUCUUAUGAAUGGAACGACACGGCUCAGCACUCUUGGCUUCCGGUCAUGCCUGACGUCUCCGUGGGUCACUCUGUGCAGAAUGAAAUCCCUCAGUUCUACUCAGUUUUACCGCCGCAGAAGAGCAGCAAAGGCCGUAAAAAGCUCAGACUCUACGAGUACCUCCACGAGGCUCUGAACGACCCCAACAUGGGCGACUCCAUCCAGUGGACGGACAGCGGCAGCGGCACCUUCCACUUCAUCUCCAAGAACAAGGAGAAGCUGGCCGAGUGCUGGGGCCAGCGCAAGGGCAACCGCAAGACCAUGACCUACCAGAAGAUGGCCAGAGCUCUGAGAAACUACAGCCGCACCGGGGAGAUCAUGAAAGUGAGACGCAAACUCACGUACCAGUUCAACCCGGACAUCCUGCACCGGCUCGGCUCCACGCAGGUGACCAUGCACAUGCCGGGCCACCUGGUGCAAGAGGAGCUCAGCACGUGGCAGCAGAGUCAGGCCGAGCAGAGCUUCUGUGGGCCGGCUGUGAUGGAGAGGCACAGGCACAGCUGUUUCAGACACUUCCAGCUGCAGGAAGACUACAACCUGGCCUCCAGCUUCACCUCACACAGCAUCACCCAUCUCUGAGCUGCACCACGGUUUGUCCACAACUUCAGGACUGACAUUCUUCAGCUUCCAAACGUUCAGGGUCCGUAUUCAGUCCCUGCAUGUUAACAAGUGUGUCAGUGAUUUUGUUCCGUUUAAUUCAACAUUUUGUGUUUCACAAAGAGAAGUUUACUGCAGAGGAUUAAAGCAGAGCUACUGUAAGAGCCUUCAUGAAGCUGAUGAGGAAAUAUGUUGUUUUUUUUACAUAUUUGUGAACCCACAUUACCAAAAAUAUCAAACAAAGUGUCAACUUUAAAAGUCUUAUUUCAAGCACUGAUUACAGUUCCAGUUCAUAUCUAAGAGUUAACGUUGAGUAGGAUUUCAGAUUUAAUUCUACAUUCACUCAGAAAUGAACAUCACUACUAAUUCAGUCACAAAAUGUUAAUGAUCUUUUUUUAUGUCUUUUUUUUUUUUUUACAGUGUAACAUGUUUAAAUUUUCUUCACUUUGAGGAAAAUGUCUGUAAAUAAAGUGUAAAUACUUGUAAACAAUAAAAAUGGUGGAAAAAACA